AUGUCAUCAAAAAUAAGAAUUCUGGUGCCCGUUAAGAGGGUCAUUGAUGCGGCAUUGAAGCCCAGAAUCAACAAGACUAACACCGGUGUUGAGUCCAAGGGUGUGAAGUUCAGCAUGAAUCCAUUUUGUGACAUUGCGGUCGAAGAAGCUGUGAAAAUUAAGGAAGCUCACAAAGAGGCUGUAGAAAGUAUUCAUGCUGUGUCUAUCGGCCCUUCCAAAGCACAAGACAUUCUCAGAACUGCCUUGGCCAAAGGCGUUGACACAUCCACUCUGGUGGAUGUUGGUGAACAAGAGAUUGAGCCUCUACAGGUCUCGAAGCUCCUGAAAAAGGUUGUUGAGCAAAAGGACUCGAAUUUGGUGAUUCUGGGAAAGCAAGCCAUUGAUGAUGACUCCAACCAGACUGGCCAGAUGCUUGCUGGUCUUUUGGGCUGGCCUCAAGCCACUAACGCGUCCAAGGUGGUUGUUGAAGGAGAUUUUGUGACUGUCACGCGAGAAGUUGAUGGAGGAGCCGAGACUAUUCGUGCUAAACUGCCUCUGAUCAUCACCACGGAUCUGAGAUUGAACGAGCCCAAGUUCGUCACCUUGCCUAAAAUGAUGAAGGCAAAGAAGAAGCCUCUGGAAAUCGUCAAGCCCGAUGCCUAUGGUGUGACCAUCGAAGAGAGGUUGGAAAUUUUGAAGGUUGAAGAGCCUCCUGCACGUUCUGCUGGUGUCAAGGUAUCAAGUGUGGAUGAGCUGGUUAGCAAACUGCAGGAAUUGAAGGCUCUGUGA